UCCAAAUUCUGUCUCGCACAUGUGGAUUACUUUCAGAGUAAUCUUGUCUGAAGAAGCAUAAGACCCUUUACGUACACAUAUACAUCUAUAUCUAUAUUUAUAUAUAUACUCGUAUAAUCAAAGCUUUCGUUGGAUCGCAAUUAGGGUUAGGGCUGAGGUUCUCUAUUACCAAAUGCUCUUUGCUUGGAUGUUAUCGUCAAAAUGCCCCAAGCUUCACCGCCCCGAACCUCCGCUCAUCUUGUCGCUCUUACUCAAGAAAUCGAGAAAAAGCUUCAACGGGCACUAGCUUCUCCGUCGCAAAGGCGCAACCUGUUACAAGAGCUGUUCGCGGACAUAGCUUUAGAAGUCGAUGAUAGGGCCAGAGAUAUAAUUCAGAGUAGGGAAGAUCUAAUUACCCCUGCAGAGGAUGGGAAUGUUGGUCCCUUAUGCUUUUACGACGUGCUUGCUGAUCAUUUCGUUUGGGUGCCCGAGAAUGGAAGACCAAUUCUUGAUUUGAUUGUCCAACUCUGGAGCCAAUCAUUUGCAUCUCACAUUUUUUCCCUUCUGUUCCACAAAUGGUUGUUCGAAGUCCAACUUGAUAAUUCAGAAGUUCUUCUUCGUUACUCGUCAGCUCUUGUUCAAGGUGCUACAAAUGUCUUCUGGAUUGACAUCCAAACAAACACGAGACGUUUCCAAACUCUCUUCCGGUAUUUACUGGAGGAGGUUGCACUGGUGCCUGACCGAUUAGAGAAAAUCCCCUUGCAGGCCCAACAAGAUCUGUUCCUUCUAGUUUCAAGGUUCAUAAUUUUCUACGACUUAGCCGACAAGCUGGAGAGCUUCUUGAAACAUUUUCCUGAUUUCCCAAAUGCGUUCUUAGUUGGUGGUCGAGCAGAUAUUUUUGUUAUCGAACUCGCAGAUCAGCUUCAAAAGUUGAAGGUGGAGCCAGUACUGAUACAUUACCUUUCUCACCUUAAAGUACUCCAAGGUCUUGAACUGAGAAUGACCACGAGUACGAGAUUGAAAACUUGCUUAUAUAGCUUCACUUCUCCUGGAGGUCCAAUGUAUCCAACAAGAGUUGUUCGUCAUGCUGCUUGGGAGGCAUUAGAUUUGCUUUUUCCUGUUGGGCGAAUUCCUCGGCAUCUUAUUAGUCUGUUUUUCCGGUUGCUAUAUCCAUGGUACUGGCCCUCUUCUUGCUGGAACUUCAUACUCUCUUGCUUAGAAGCGGUACUGUAUUCUCUGCUGAGGUUGGUUUUUUCUAGUUGGGAGAAGUUGAGAAAUGCCAAGAGGUCAUAAUAUAUUUUAGAAAUCCAAUAUACGCGGCCUCGUGUAAGGUUUAAAAUGAACAUUGUGUGAAGGCAGAUUGUCUGAUGUGAGUGUGGCAGUUCUUUUUUUCUCUUCUGCCAAUUGUGGAUCAAAUAAAUCUUUGUAAAACACUAGUAAAAUUUCAGGUUUGUAUACAGAUUUGGGAUAACCAAUGUUGCUGCUGGAUUCGGUGGGUAGGGCUGGCAGGUUUGAAGUGAUGUGGUCCGGGCUUUGUUCCAUUGGAUUCUGACGUUGUGUACAAAAAUUUGCAUUUGAUUUUUAUUUGUGAAGGUAAUUUUUGAGAAGCCUUGCACAAUUUAUUGUCACAGUUUAUAAUAUAUAUUUAAAAACAGCACUUUGAACUUUUUAA